UUUUUCUUUAGAAUAAAUGAAUUAUUUUGAAGUUGCACCCCAAUUUUAGAACUUUCUUCUCAACUGCCUCGUUCAAGAGUGAGAGAGAGAAAGAGAAGAGCGAGAAAGUGUUGCUUUGGAUUGGAUAUUGGUGAAAAUCUGUUUAUAUAGUGAUUAAUGUCGAACUUUAAUUUCAUCAUAAAAUCAUCAUCAUCGUCAUCAUCAACAACACCGUAACUGAAUCAUGAUAAUGCCGCUUUACGUCGCUCGUGAGGCUCCUAAGCUAUGGAGGAAAAUUUGCUCAGAGACAUCUGUAGAGGUUUCGCUUCUUUCCGAGAAUUGGAAGUUCCUUCUCGGUGGAAUUUUUGUUCAGUAUUUACAUGGCUUGGCUGCUCAUGGAGUUCAUUAUCUGCAUCGCCCGGGACCAACACUUCAGGAUGCCGGGUUCUUUCUUCUUCCGGAGCUUGGUCCAGAGAGAGCUUAUAUGAGUGAGACUCUCUUCUCUGUCAUCUUUUUUUCCUUUGUAUUGUGGACUUUUAAUCCGUUCUUUUUCCAAAGUAAAAGAAUAUAUACAGUCCUCAUUUGGUGCAGGGUUCUAGCUUACUUAGCUGUUUCUCAAAUUCUUCGGAUCAUGACAUUCUAUUCCACUCAACUUCCCGGUCCAAACUAUCAUUGUAGAGAGGGUUCAGAACUGGCAAGGCUUCCCCCUCCAAAGAGUGCAAUUAAAGUGCUUCUAAUCAACUUUCCUAAUGGAGCUAUAUAUGGCUGUGGUGAUUUGAUAUUUUCAUCACACAUGAUCUUUACUUUGGUAUUUGUACACACAUAUCAAAAGUUUGGAACAAAGAGAUGGAUUAAACAGUUUGCUUGGGCACUUGCUGUGAUUCAGAGCCUUCUAAUUAUUGCAUCUCGCAAGCACUACACUGUUGACGUUGUUGUUGCUUGGUACGUGGUAAACCUGGUAGCAUUUUUUGUUGACAACAAAUUGCCAGAGCUGCCCGACCGAUCCAUUGGUUCUACCACUCCACAACUAUUACCAUUGAGCACAAGAGAUAAGGAUUCCAGGAACAAAGAAGAGCAUCAGAGAUUCAUAAAUGGAAAUUCAGCCGAUACUACAGACUGAGUAUGGAAAAUCAAUUAUUAUCUUUGGCCAUCAAAUCUUGUUUCACUUGCACUUAAUACUGGAUGUUUUUCAUCAUGUAUAAAUUCCGGUUACUUCUAGUCAUAGGAACAGAUGAAUCACAAGAUUUCAGAAUAGGAACAUCUGCAGAAAAUUACAGAACAUUGAUUUAACUAGCUGAAGCUGAAGAUAGCUUUGGUGUUAACAGUUUUAUAUUUUGUUCUUUGAAGUUUGCUUUCAGAGUAAACCUGAAUUGUACAUUUUGUGGAAUGUGUAAAGUGAGAAAUUGAAUGCUUUUUUUAGGAAAAA